UCGACCCUUCCGGCCGCAGCGCAAUCCUCUUCCCUCGACCUGUCUCUCACGAUUGCGACAAAUCCGUUUUCGAAGGUUCUGCAAAACCCUAAUUCCCAAUCCUUCAAUCGCCGAAGAUGCCGAACCUGGAGUGCAGGAUGUACGAGGCCAGAUAUCCGGAGGUGGACAUGGCGGUGAUGAUUCAGGUGAAGAACAUCGCCGACAUGGGAGCAUACGUCUCCCUCCUGGAGUACAACAACAUCGAGGGUAUGAUCCUCUUCUCCGAGCUCUCCCGCCGCCGCAUCCGUUCCGUGUCCUCCCUCAUCAAGGUCGGUCGUCAGGAGCCCGUUAUGGUCCUUCGUGUCGACCGUGACAAAGGCUACAUCGAUCUGUCCAAGCGUCGGGUCUCGGAGGAGGACAUCCAGACCUGCGAGGAGCGCUACAACAAGAGCAAGCUUGUUCACUCUAUCAUGCGACACGUCGCAGAGACCCUCGACCUCGACCUGGAGGAGCUCUAUGUACACAUCGGCUGGCCCCUCUACCGCAAGUACGGCCAUGCAUUCGAGGCAUUCAAGAUAAUUGUAACGGAUCCUGAUUCAAUUCUAGAUUCGCUUACUCGGGAAGUGAAGGAAGUUGGGCCUGAUGGACAGGAGGUGACAAAGGUGGUUCCUGCUGUGACACCCGAGGUAAAAGACACAUUGGUUAAGAACAUUAGGAGACGGAUGACACCCCAACCACUGAAGAUACGAGCUGAUAUAGAAAUGAAGUGUUUCCAGUUUGAUGGUGUUCUUCACAUCAAGGAAGCUAUGAGGAAAGCUGAAGCUUCUGGGAAUGAGGAUUGUCCUGUCAAAAUCAAACUAGUUGCUCCUCCACUCUAUGUUCUUACUACACAGACCCUCGACAAGGAACAAGGCAUUUCAAUUCUCAAUAUUGCGAUUAAGGCUUGCACCGAGGAAAUUGAACUGCACAAAGGAAAACUAACUCUGAAGGAGGCACCAAGAGCUGUGAGCGAACGAGAUGAUAAGUUACUCGCCGAGCACAUGGCAAAACUACAAUCUGCUAACAAUGAGGUUGAUGGUGAUGAAGGCUCUGAAGAUGAGGAAGACACUGGAAUGGGUGAAUUGGAUGUGGAGUCGGGUGUUAACAUAGAUUAAGCAGUUAUGAACCGAUGUGCUAUCUUCCUUUCUAUAUUUGGUUGUUGCUUAAAGAAUUUUGGAUGUUAAAAUUGAAAUUAUCAAUGCCUCAAUAACGUGUCGAGUUGGCUGUGUGGUGAAUGUUA